AGAUUCUCAAAGAUGCAAAUUGUCUGUCUGGGACUACUUCUUUUCUGUCUGACCUGGGCAGAACCAACGGUUCAACCACAGACUGAGAAAACUAAGCAAGACUGUGUAGAAGAACAGAGGAUAACGUACAAGGGUCACCAUGAGAAACAUGGGUAUUAUAUUUUUAAGUAUGUUUACAGAGCAUCUGGGAGGAAAAAUCAAACUAACGAGAAGCAGGAAGAAAACAACAAAAUCAGUCUUCACCAUUCUGGGAAGAGAAGAAAUCAAGAUCCAGCACCUAAAGGAAACAUUGUGCAAGAAAGAGAGAAAGACUUGUUCCUUUUUGAAGUCAAUAAAAAUAACCAAAUUAGUAAACCCCCAAAUCUUUUUGAAAAUAGACAGACAAUAAAUGAAGACUACAGUAUUAGUAACAAUGAAAAUGCCCACAAUAACCUAAAGAUGCCCAUUUACCCUGAACCCACUGGGAAUAAUGGGUCUGAGGAUGGAGACAAUGUUAUCAGUAAACUACAUGACCAGGAAGAAUAUGGUGCAGCUCUCAACAGAAAUAAUAUGCAACAUAUAAUUGAGCCAGAAGCUGUAAUUAAGCUGUUGGGGGAAGACAACAAAGAGCUCAAACCCAGGAAUACUAAUGGCAAAAUUCCAGCAAGUGCACACUAUGCCAAAAAUCUCUCAAAAGGCAAGAAGAAUUAUCAAAGAGGUCCGCAAGCCCCAAAUAUUUCAGUAAAAAGCAAAAGUACCCCCCAUAUCAAACACAACACUGGCUAUCUAAAGCAGUUCCCCAAACUCAACAAAAUCCCCAGUGAUUUUGGAGGCAGUGGCUAUCCUGAUCUUCAAGAGAGGGGGGACAAUGAUAUUUCUCCUUUCAGUGGAGAUGGCCAACCUUUUAAGGACAUUUCUGGUAAAGGAGAAGCUGUUGAUCCUGACUUAGAAGGUACAGGUGUGCAAACGGAGUUGUCUGGCCCAGGUGCACCUGAGACUAUUAACCCUGAAGCAGGAGGCCCAGGUUACAGUGACAUCCCAGAAAAAGCAGAAGGUAGUAGAAAUGCCAUUGGAACCAGGGAUGAAACAGCCCAAGAGGCAAAUACAGUGGAUGUAAGCCUAGUGGAGGGCAGCAACGACAUCAGAGGUAGCACCAAUUUUCAGGAACUCCCUGGAAAAGAAGGAAACAGAGUGGAUGCUGGCAGCCAAAAUGCUCACCAAGGGAAAGUAGAGUUUCAUUACCCUCAUGUGCCCUCAAAGGAGAAAAGAAAAGAAGGCAGCAGUGAUGUUGCUGAAAGUACUAAUUAUAAUGAAAUUCCAAAAAAUGGCAAAGGGAGUAGCAGAAAAGGAACAGAGCAUCCUAACAGGAAUCAAGUGACCUCAAAUGAAAAUCAAAGAUUUCCAAGUAAGGGCAAAAGUCCAGGCCAGCUCAUUCCCUCUUACGGUCUUGACAAUGAAAUUAAAAAUGAAAUCGGUUCCCAUGGUGGCCCCAAUAACGAGAGGACUGGAACAACACACAGUGGAAAAAAUCAGUAUGCAGCCCACGGACAAAAUCACUCUACAUGGAAUAAGGGUGUGCCUCAAAGGAAAGGCUCCUGGGGCUCCAGAAGACCCCAUUCCCACAGGAGGUUUAGGCCGCCUAAAAGACAGGACAGCAGCGAAUCAUCUGACAGCGGCAGUUCCAGUGAGAGCGGUGGUGACUAGUCUGCUAGUCCUUCCCAGCAGGACGAAGGUUCGAGAACCUAGACACCCGUGACUGGCAGGUGAAGGAGAGCCACCUGAGAG